AACGACGCACAGCCGCCGCACACGGCCACCAGAAUCUCGCUUCUCGGAUUCUCCUAUUCGAUAGCCGGCAGAGCGUAGGGAGCGAUAGGUGAGAGGAGCAAAUGGCAUCCAACAUUGGAAUGAUGGACUCCGCUUACUUCAUCGGCAGAUCUGAGAUCCUUUCCUGGAUCAACUCCACUCUCCAUCUCAGUAUCUCGAAAGUCGAAGAGGCAUGUACAGGCGCGGUCCAGUGCCAAUUGAUGGAUGCUGUUCAUCCUGGGAUGGUCCCGAUGCACAAGGUCAAUUUUGAUGCCAAGAAUGAGUACGAAAUGAUCCAGAACUACAAGGUCCUUCAAGAUGUCUUCAACAAGCUCAAAAUUACUAAGCAUAUUGAGGUGAGCAAACUGGUGAAAGGAAGGCCUCUGGAUAACCUGGAGUUUAUACAAUGGAUGAAGCGCUACUGUGGUUCUGUAGGAGGAGGAGGAGCUGCACUCAAUUACAACGCUCUAGAGAGAGGAGAGGCCAGCAAGGGUGGAAAGGAAGUGAACAAGAAAUCUGCAGCAGCAUCACAACAAGUUUCGGCCAAGCCUUCCUCAGCUUCAACCAAUCAUCAUGUCCCACCCAAUGGCCGUAGGAAUGAUGCUACCAAUACAAGCACCACAAAUCUUUCUGGAAAGACCUCUAGGCCAUCUUCAAGUGGAGGCCGCUCUGUCUACUCUGAAACAGAAAAGGCUGCACAUGAACAACAGAUUACAGAGUUGAAGUUGUCUGUGGAUAAUCUGGAGAGGGAGAGGGACUUCUACUUUGCUAAGCUGAGGGAUACUGAAAUUGUGUGCCAAUGCCCCGAGAUCGAAAACCUACCUGUAAAGUUCUCUCUCAAUAUCUGCACUACCGUUCAUAGAGAAACUAUUACAUGGACUGAUCGAGCUACAGAUGACGAUGCAACACUCGUUGCAGAGGCUCAAGCCAUCAUCUCCAAGCAACACCAACAAGUGGACGAACACGAAGAUGAGACGGACAACAACAAAGUGAGAGUUGAAAACCAGAAGAGAAAAAUAAUCAUCAAUGCUGAUGUUGAUGUUGCUGCUAGUGUCACAUUGUCUCCAAGGCAAAAGAUCACUGAUGCUUCAGAUGUCCAUUGCAGCGGAUCGCCACUCGUGACUUACUGAUGUCUUCUAUUACUUCAAGAAUGAUGUUUUUUUGUCCUGCCUCAAUUGCCCGAGAGGUAUAUACUUCCUACAAUGUUGCUCCAUGUGGGUGAAUCGUGAAUGACAUAGACAACAUAUUUUAUUUAGUGUACCAGCUGUUAUGGAAAGUC